AAACCCAUUAAUUGGACGUCCCAAAUUGUAACAGCGGAUGAAAGGAGAAGUCAGGAGCAACAUAAUGUUAUGUACAUUGCGGCAGAAUAUUAUUACCCCACAAGUUAGUACUUUUCCUAGGGGCCUGAGCCCAAGCAGCAGCAGCCCACAUGUGAAUGGAUUGGGGCUUUGUGGAAAAAUGGGGCCCAACAAAACUUUUAACCUGGGCCGGCCUGAUCAGGUGAAUUCGGCCUCUUGUCCUGGAGUGGAUCAGGAUAAGUCCGCAUCGGAUGGCUACUAUUAUUCCGCAUGCAAUAUAUUGAUUGAUGAUGAGUUCAAUGCCAAGGUCUCUGAUUUCGGUCUUGCCAAGUUGCUGGGUGCUGGGAAAAGUCAUGUCACUACUCGAGUCAUGGGAACAUUUGGGCAAGUAUUCUCUCUUAUGCAUGUUUGCAUAUAUGUGGCUCCUGAGUUUGCAAACACUGGCCUUUUGAAUGGAAAAGGCGAUGUUUAUAGCUUUGGGGUUUUACUGCUGGAAGCAAUCACUGGGAGAGAUCCUGUCGAUUAUGGUCGUCCUGCCCCUGAGGUAAAUCUGGUAGACUGGCUAAAAAUGAUGGUUGGCAGCAGGAGGUCUGAGGAAGUGGUAGAUCCAAAUAUUGAGGUAAGGACAUCAACAAGAGCCCUAAAGCGUGCCCUAUUGACUGCACUUAGGUGUGUUGAUCCUGAUUCUGGUAAAAGACCCAAGAUGAGCCAAGUUGUGCGCAUGCUUGAGUCUGAGGAAUAUCCCAUACCAAGAGAGGAUAGAAGGCACCAUAGAAGUCGUGGAGGGAGCUUGGAGAUUGAUUCUCAAAGGGAUAAUUCUGACACUGACAGAAGUGAUUAUCCAGGUUCAAGAUCAGAAAGCAAGCGGACACAAUUAUAAGCAAGGAUUUAUUUUGAAGUUGUGAGAGAUUCAUAAGCUGGCGCAGGUGUGGGAAGGAAUUCUUAAAAUUUAAUUUUCAAUGGCGUUUAGAUUCUUGGGGUUUGUCUCCAUAUAUGGUCUGGUUGGUUGUUGUUAUGUAGAGGGUGUGGGUCGAGGGAAAGGGUGGAUGAGAUGGGAGGUGACUUGUUUAUUCUUUUCCUUGUUUCUUUUUAAUAUAAUUUGUAGAUGAAG